AUGACGACCCCACCAGAUAUCAAAUAUUAUCAUCACGGCAGGUUUAAAGUUACAGGAGGUAUCCUCCCUGAUGCUGUUACAGCUUAUCAGACAUAUGGUAGCUCAAACAAUCCGUGUAUCGUGUUUCCGACUUGCUACGGGGCCAAGCUAGCUCUCGGCAGCCAAGACUACCUUAUCGGCGACGAUAAAGCUCUCGACCCGUGCAAGUACUUCAUUGUCACUUUUGCUUUGUUUUGUAAUGGAGAGUCUUCAUCCCCUUCCAACACUCCUGCACCAUAUAAUGGUGCCUAUUUCCCAUCUGUUUCCUACGAAGAUAACAUUUUCCUGGAAGGCCCGAAGUCCGCUAUGCUGGCCUCUAAAGAUUAUGCUGAUGGUCAUUACACCACCACCCCACAACAUGGAAUCCGAGCCUUUGGUCGAGUUUACAGUGCAUGGGCAUACGGACAAACCUGGUUUAGAGAGCAUAAAUAUCUGAUGAAUGGAGAAUACCCUGAUUUGAAUAGUUUCAUCAGGGAACGCUGGGAAGCCCGCUAUCUUCAAUACUGGGAUGCUAACGAUAUGAUAGCACUUCUCUCCACUUGGCAAAAUGGAGAUAUCUCAAAGGUCCAAGAUGGUGGUAAUUAUGAAAAAGCGUUGAGCAGCAUAAAAGCCAAAGCGCUACUCAUGCCUUCCAAAACAGAUUUAUACUUCCCUCCUGAAGACAGUCAGAAUGAGUUAUCUCACCUGAAGGAUGCGAAAUUGCACGUCAUUAAUACCGUUUGGGGCCAUGUCGCCGGUGGAGGCGCUAAUCCUUCAGACGUCGAGUUCAUAACGGCAAGAAUUCUCGAGUUUCUGAAGUAA